AUGGAAGAAGAACCACACCAGUCUUUGCGAACCGGCAAGCUCUGGGAUCCCACCGCAGCAGCAAAUGCCCCGGUUGCGUCGCCUCAAGAUCCCAACGAGCAUCCGCAAAUCCCUUUCAAGUACGCAUCACAGUUGUUAGCCGAUCAAGCGAACAAGGUGCGGAGGUUGGCGUUGGUCCUAAAAAAGCAACUGGCAAAGGACUACGAUAACAUCAAGAAGGUCGUGGUAACUGUACAUACAGCGCUCAGCCUGCCCGUUGGCGACAGCAAGCGCUUCGGCAACCGGCCGAUGUACGCACGCGCAACAAAGGACUUCCACAAGCGCCCGUGGUUCAGCAACGUGGCCGUGCAAGGCGAGGACCCGGGUCAGCCGCCGGUCGACCUGUACGCCCGCGUGCGGAUGUUCCUCAGCUUCUGGGCUGUGAACCCGGAGACGAGGGCCCGGACGCGCCGCGAGGUGGCGCUCAUGCGCUACUACAAGGAGUUGGGCAGCCGUGACGUCACCAACUAA